CAAAACAAAGGGCCUGGGGGGGCGGGGGGAAGGCGGCGGGGCCGGAAUGUGAGCGGAGGUGGAGCCGGCGGCUGAGGGUGGAAGAAUGAAAGAAAGGGAAGAUGGGAGGAUGUUGAACCCCUUCGUAUGGCUGUAUGAUGGAAGGAAACGGAACUGAGGACCCCUGCAGUAGAACCCUUGGGUGGCUUCAACAAAAUAAUGAUGCUAAGCCAUGGCUUUGGAAAUUCUCUAAUUGCUUUUCUCGUCCCGAGCAGACAUUGCCACUUAGCCCCCAAACGAAAGAUGACAUGGAGAACAAGAAAGCUGCUGUGGAGUUAAAGGACGUGCCAUCCCCCCUUCAUGCUGCGUCUAAACUUUUUCCAGCCGUCCCGCUUCCAGAUCUUCACUCUCUCCAGCAACCUCAAAUACAGCUUUCACCUGUGCCCAAAGUAAGCUGCUGCGCUCAUUGCCCUAAUGAACCCUCCACUUCGCCACUGCGUUUCGGUGGUGGUGGCGGUGGCGGUGGCAGCGGAGGUACCGGUAGCUUGAUUCACCCAGGCGCACUGUUAGACUCCCAGAGCACCGGGACAAUCACGUGUCAGGUCGGGUCAGGGUUUGCUCUCCCGUCUGCCUCUUCACUCCAGAAUGCCUCAGCUAGGAACAACUUGGCUGGCCUUGCAAGUGACUUUCCCGGCAUGUGUCUAGAGAGUAAUCUAUCUUCCUGCAAACACCUGCCCUGUUGUGGGAAGCUUCAUUUCCAAUCCUGCCAUGGUAAUGUGCACAAGCUGCAUCAGUUUCCGGCUCUCCAGGGCUGCGCCUCUGCUGGCUAUUUCCCCUGUUCUGAUUUCACAAGUGGGGCUCCAGGGCGUCUGGAAGAGCACAUUUCACAGUCGGAGCUAACGCCUCACUUGUGCACCAAUUCUUUGCACCUAAAUGUGGUACCUCCGGUUUGUUUAAAGGGCUCACUGUACUGCGAAGACUGUCUGAACAAGCCGGCAAGAAAUAGUAUAAUUGAUGCUGCUAAAGUCUGGCCAAAUAUACCACCUCCAAAUACUCAAACUGCACCUGUUACUAUUCCUCUGUGUAAUGGCUGUGGAACCAAAGGAGCAGGGAAGGACUCCACGCUGUUAUUGGCGACCAGUCUAGGCAAAGCUUCUUCGAAAUUUGGGUCACCAGAAGUUGCACUAGCCGGACAGGUGCUGGAAAACUUACCCCCCAUCGGAGUUUUUUGGGAUAUUGAAAACUGUUCAGUUCCCUCCGGCCGCUCAGCUACUGCUGUUGUUCAGAGAAUCCGUGAGAAGUUUUUUAAAGGCCACAGAGAAGCAGAAUUCAUCUGUGUGUGCGACAUCAGUAAAGAAAACAAAGAAGUUAUUCAAGAGCUGAAUAAUUGCCAGGUAACGGUCGCCCACAUCAACGCCACCGCCAAGAACGCGGCUGAUGACAAACUCCGCCAGAGUCUCCGCAGGUUUGCGAACACCCACGCCGCUCCAGCCACGGUGGUCCUGGUGUCAACUGAUGUCAAUUUUGCAUUGGAGCUUAGUGACCUGAGACACAGGCACGGUUUCCACAUAAUUUUGGUCCAUAAAAACCAGGCCUCGGAAGCACUGCUGCAUCAUGCUAAUGAGCUGAUCAGAUUCGAAGAGUUCAUUUCCGACUUGCCCCCCAGGUUACCACUAAAAAUGCCACAGUGCCACACUCUGCUCUAUGUUUAUAACCUACCAGCAAAUAAAGAUGGCAAGAGCAUCAGCAACAGGCUCAGGCGCCUGUCUGAUAAUUGUGGUGGGAAAGUGCUGAGCAUCACAGGCUGCAGUGCGAUUCUCCGCUUCAUAAACCAAGAUAGUGCAGAACGGGCUCAGAAGCGAAUGGAAAACGAAGAUGUCUUUGGUAAUAGGAUCAUUGUGUCAUUUACUCCAAAAAAUAGAGAACUCUGUGAAACAAAGAGUUCCAGUGCAAUUGCUGAUAAAGUGAAGUCUCCCAAAAAGCUUAAGAAUCCAAAAUUGUGCCUCAUCAAAGACACGAGUGAACAAUCUUGCAGUGCCAAAGCCACGCCUGGAAAAGGGUCGCAGGCAAAUUCUGGAUCUGCUGCAAAAAACACAAAUGUUAAAAGUUUACAGGAGCUCUGCCGCAUGGAGUCAAAGACUGGCGCUAGAAGCAGUGACUCCCAGCACGGUCACCUGAGGCUGGUGGCGCCUCCCCACAGAAGCUCGAGUGCUGCAGCGCCCGCCCCCAAAAUCGCCGGGACGCCAGAGCCCACUUACAAAACCAACCCGAAGAAAGAGAACCCCUGUGCCUGGAGUGUCACCGGUUCCCCCGUGGAGAAAAAAGAGAAAGAGGAGACUCCGUUCCAAGUGAGUUACCCAUCUGCGUUCAGCAAGCUGAUCGUGUCAAGGCAAGUCAGUCCUCUGCUCACGGCACAGGCCUGGUCUUCUCGGAGUGUGUCUCCAAACCUUUUAAACAGAGCGUCCCCACUUGCUUUCAACAUUGCAAAUUCGAGCAUUGGUGCCGACAGCCCAGACCCGUUUGCAAAUGGUGCUGACAUCCAGAUCAGCAACAUCGACUACAGAUUAUCCCGGAAGGAGCUGCAGCAGCUCAUGCAGGAGGCGUUCUCCCGGCACGGCAAGGUGAAGAGUGUGGAGCUCAGCCCCCAUACAGACUACCAGCUCAAGGCCGUUGUUCAGAUGGAGAACUUACAAGAAGCAAUCAGUGCGGUGAACAGCCUCCACAGAUACAAAAUUGGCAGCAAGAAGAUCCUGGUCUCACUCGCCACCGGAGCUGCUAAUAAAUCACUCUCUUUACUGAGUGCGGAGACCAUGUCUAUUCUUCAGGACGCGCCUGCCUGCUGUCUGCCUCUUUUUAAAUUCACAGAUAUCUAUGAAAAAAAGUUUGGACACAAGUUGAACGUGUCGGAUUUAUAUAAGUUAACAGACACGGUGGCAAUCCGCGAACAAGGAAACGGAAGGCUGGUGUGUCUGUUGCCCAGCAGCCAGGCGCGGCAGAGCCCCUUGGGGUCUUCCCAGUCACACGACGGCUCCUCGACCACUUGCAGCCCGAUUAUAUUUGAAGAGUUGGAAUACCACGAGCCCGUCUGCAGGCAGCAUUGCCCCGAUAAGGACUUCAGUGAACAUGAAUUUGAUCCAGACUCCUAUAAGAUUCCUUUUGUGAUUCUCUCUUUGAAGACCUUUGCUCCCCAGGUUCAUAGUCUCCUGCAGACGCAUGAGGGCACCGUGCCUUUAUUAAGCUUUCCCGAUUGCUACACCGCAGCGCUUGGUGAACUGGAAGAAGUGCAGGAAAAUCAAGGGGGGGUCCCCUUAGAACACCUCAUCACCUGCGUUCCGGGGGUGAACAUCGCCACCGCACAGAAUGGCGUCAAAGUGGUCAAGUGGAUUCACAACAAGCCCCCGCCUCCAAACACAGACCCUUGGCUUCUGCGUUCCAAGAGCCCUGUGGGUAACCCCCAGCUGAUCCAGUUCAGCAGGGAAGUGAUCGACCUGCUGAAGAACCAGCCGUCCUGUGUCAUACCCAUCAGUCAUUUCAUCCCGUCCUACCACCAUCAUUUUGCCAAGCAGUGCCGGGUGUCAGACUACGGCUAUUCCAAGCUCAUAGAAUUACUGGAAGCCGUGCCUCAUGUGCUGCAGAUUCUCGGAAUGGGCUCCAAACGCUUGUUGACCCUUACCCACAGGGCCCAGGUGAAGCGCUUUACUCAGGACUUACUGAAACUUCUCAAAUCCCAAGCCAGCAAACAGGUCAUUGUGAGGGAGUUCUCACAGGCUUAUCAUUGGUGUUUCUCAAAAGACUGGGAUGUCACCGAGUAUGGGGUUUGUGAGUUGAUGGAUAUUGUAUCAGAGAUUCCAGACACAACCAUCUGCCUGUCCCAACAAGAAAACGAAAUGGUGAUUUGUAUCCCCAAAAGAGAGCGUACCCAGGAUGAAAUAGAAAGGACGAAACAGUUCUCCAAGGACGUCGUCGAUCUGCUGCGGCACCAGCCCCACUUCCGGAUGCCCUUCAACAAGUUCAUCCCCUCCUACCACCACCACUUCGGCCGGCAGUGCAAGCUCGCCUACUAUGGGUUCACCAAACUACUUGAACUUUUUGAAGCCAUACCUGAUAUUUUACAAGUGUUGGAAUGUGGAGAAGAAAAAAUCCUCACGCUGACAGAGGUGGAACGAUUCAAAGCUCUUGCUGCCCAGUUUGUCAAACUCCUUCGGUCCCAAAAAGACAACUGCCUUAUGAUGACAGAUCUGCUCACGGAAUAUGCCAAAACUUUCGGUUACACGUUUCGUCUCCAAGACUACGAUGUCAGUUCGGUUUCCGCUUUAACACAGAAGCUGUGCCACGUUGUAAAGGUGGCUGACAUGGCGUCGGGCAAGCAGAUUCAGCUCAUCAACCGCAAGUCCCUGCGUGCUCUCACUGCCCAGCUGCUGGUGCUGCUGAUGUCUUGGGAAGGAGCUGCCCACCUGUCUGUCGACGAGCUCAAGAGACAUUACGAAUCGACCCACAGUGCCCCCCUCAACCCCUGUGAAUAUGGGUUCAUGACCUUGACUGAGCUUCUGAAGAGCUUGCCCUACUUAGUAGAGGUUUUUACUAACGACAAGACAGAGGAGUGUGUGAAGCUCACAAGCCUGUAUUUGUUUGCCAAGAACGUGCGCUCUCUGCUUCAUACUUACCACUACCAGCAGCUUUUCCUCCACGAGUUUUCCACGGCCUACAGCAAGUACGUUGGAGAAACACUGCAACCCAAGACGUACGGCUACAGUAGUGUGGAGGAGCUCUUGGGCGCCAUCCCUCAGGUGGUCUGGAUAAAGGGGCACGGCCAUAAGAGAAUCGUAGUGUUAAAAAACGACAUGAAAAGUAAGUCCGCACCUGUCCUCUGUGCGCUUCGAGGGUCUGGCUGUGUCCCUGACUGUCCCCUGAUGCGCGCUCUUGGUCGUCCAGGCCGCUGGAGCUCCCUCGGGCUGUCCCCCGCCAGCUCUGAAGACCGGCCCUCAGCCCUGAAGCACAGUUCGGCGGCACUCGAAGCCCACACGGCCCCGGGACCCAGACCUGGCGCAGGCGGCGACGGGCCCCAGCAAACCGAGCAGGAGUUGCUCCGCCUGACCGACGACUCCCCCGUGGACCUCCUGUGUGCGCCCGUCCCGUCCUGCCUGCCGUCCCCUCAGCUGAGGCCAGACCCCGUCAUCCUCCAGGCUGCCGAUCUCAUUCAGUUUGAGGAGCACCCUCGAGCGCCUUCUGAAAUCAUGAUUUUAAACCAAGAGGAGAGCACUGAAAUUCUAGUACCAGGAAAGAGCAACCCCCCCGCCUCCGAGUCCAGCUCACCCCGCGUCUCCGCAGCCGCCCCAGUGCCUCCCUGCCCCGCCUCGGAGACCUCAGAGGCCCUGCUCGCCAAGGACCCCGUGGAAAGCCCAGCCAAAAAGCAACCCAAAAAUAGAGUAAAAUUGGCAGCCAAUUUUUCCUUUGCACCUAUAACCAAGCUUUGACUCGCGUCUUGAACAUAGAAUUAGGAUGGGGAUGGCUGUCUGAUUCUGCACACAAGUGGGUUCGAAAAACACAGCCUUUUCUGUUCGAAUGCAAAGCCCCUGGCAGCCCCUUACUUUGUCUUUAGAUGUAUCUCAUGACCUUUCGUUUCUUUUACAUUGAACACAGCCUUGAGCUGAAGUGUUUUUCUUUUUUCCUCCCCUAAUUAUUUGGGAAAAGACAAACCACCCCAAAAACCUCCUGGCGUUUGUUAAAAAAAAUUCUUAAUACCUUUUACCAAAAUUUUCUUGAUGAUCAUGAAAUGUGAUGCUGCUCCGUAAGAAGGAAGCAGUGGGAACUCAGCUCCAAGGGAGAGGUUUUACUUCCAUUCAGGCCACACCCGUGGUCGAAUCUCACGUCGCGUAAGAUCGGCCGGAAGCCUUGGCUUCGCGGCGUUUCCAGACAGGAGGAGUCGCGUGCAUGGCGUGUCAUUGCGGCAGAGCCUGGCCCGCGGCCUGCGUGCACACACGCAGCAAAGGGCGGGCGAGGCGGGGAGAAUGUAGUUUCACGUCGGGUAGAAGGUUCCUGGCUUCCCUGUGACUUGUAAGCGUGCCUGGUUUUUUUUGUUUUUGUUUUUGUUUUUGUUUUUGUGUAGUUUUGUUUUUAACUAUGUCUGUAGUUGACAAAUGUGGCUUCAGGAUAAAAAAAUUUUUAAGUGUUUCCACUUCAGGGUUCCAUGUAGGAGCUUUCGUGAAAGUUGAGGAUGUUUUAAGCUUCCCUUUUAUGUUCCAUUCCAGUUUGAUCUGCUUUAGGUUAAGGAAAAGGAGGUGGUCUUGGUGUGUCAUGAAUUUAGUCAGCACUUGGAUUCUAGCACACAGUGUUGUGUGUUGAGAGGCAAUGUUGGGAAGAGAGUCUGAUUUCCUAAAAUAUGCAUGAAAUGCAUAAAUUACAAAUCAGAGCUGAGAGGGCGAGGUGCAUUAGCAGGAGUGGUCUUGAUACUCUUUCCACUAGGAAGAGACAGAGUUCUAUCUAUACGUGUGAAGGCCAAGGUUGAUCAUCUGAACCUUGUACUUGUCAUUUUAAACCUGGUUUGGUAGCUGGGAAGCUUUCCGCCUGAGUGCGCGUGCGCACGCGUGCGUGUUGGCUCCGUGUGUUUUGAUCGUGUCCGCUUUUACUGUUACUUCGCGCUGUUGUUGGAAGCGUGUUUGGGUCUUUCUGGUGUCUGAUGUUGGCCUUCGGGAAAAGCCAGCCUUUGAGGGAGCACUGCCCUGUGGAAUGACCUUCGCCUCGAGGUGGCGGAGGCAUCCGGUGACGGUGACCUCUCACCCCUCCUGGAGAAACCUGACAUUUACAAUGGGUUGUAUUUGUUGGGCAAAAAGGCGGAUUCAUUCAUAGAGCAGAAAGAACCUGCGGGCUUAAGGUCUUCCACUACGGAGAUGGUUUCUUUGGGGAAUUGUCCGUAUGUUGUAAUUUCUAGAAAGCCAGAAAGUGGGCUCUGAUGUCAUAGCCAGCAUUUGCAUAAAAUGCCGCAGAAGGAGGGCCAGCGAGAGAUUUUUACAAGUCAGGUUUCUGUUCCCCAAAAUCUUUAAAAUGAAGCCUUCCAAGCAUAGGGCCCCUCUGCGAACCCUCUGGGACCCAAGGCAUUUCCUCUACAGACAUAGGAUGGCAGGAAGUCAAAUUCAGGUGUGCAGUUUUUUUAAGAAGCUUUUAAACCGUGUAAUAAAGUUGGUGUUGAGAACCUCAGUUGCCUUAUUCUGAGACUUCUUAAGGCUGAGUUUGCACUCUUGGACUUUAGUUUUGCUCACAGAUGCGGGAUUGCCUUUAAAAACUUGAGAGGUACCAUUACAAGUCACUUAGGGACAGGCUCCGAGCGACCUCUGUGGGCAGCAGACAGAGAGGAGCCCGCAGACGGGCGCUGUCGUGGAGGUCUGGUCGACCCGACCCUUCGCCAGGGUCGCCCAUUCAGCCGGGAUGCGUGUGUGACUCUAACGGUCGCUGUGGGAAGGCGAGAGAACACAGCGGGAGCUCGGUGUGGCCGUAAUGUGCUCCGCAUCGGCCAGUCUGAUUGUGGUCUAUUUUUUUAUCCAGAGGUUUAAUUAAAUGAUGUGACAAAGUGAUGUAUGAGAAUUAAGACAAUGAAGUUUUUUAUUUCUGGGUGGAAAGAUGUACCGGAUUAGAUUUAUCUGUUUGAAUUAAAAAAAAAAAAAUGAGACAAAAUGUCCUCACCAAACCCCCUUUCCCAUCUUGCACUGUGUGUUUCGGAUCGGGCUUGGGGGAAGAGAUGUUUUUCUUAACCGUCUACUUUGUUGAAACACUUUUUUUGUGGCUCAAGUGCUGUUUUGUGUGUUGGGACCAAACAGUUGUCAAUAAACUUUCAAAGCAAGCAUCUAA